UGUAGGCAGAGGACUGAUCGUAUCUGUGUCAUUCUCUACCAGCACUUGUCUCUUCACUUUUUUCAGAAGGGAAGAGCUCAGAGCUGACGUAUGUAAGCUGUGCGGUGCACGACUUCUCCAUUUGGCUUUGCCUGUAGGGAAAAGUACACUCUGUGUUCCCUGGUUUUUAUUCUCCCUUUCCUCUCCUGCUCUUUCAGUUGCAUUCAGCCAUUAAUGGAUGUGGGGUACAGCAUCGUAUUUUCCUCACAAGUGUGCAGUGUAAAGGAUGGUUGGUUUAGGUAGCUAGCCUUAAGCAGCAAUAUAGCACUGAGCGCAUCACCGUCCUUUAUGUCUGUACACCCAAAAUAUUUUUGAUCCCCAUUUUACAGGCAGGGCUCUGGAUUGUGGAUCGGGAGAAGUACGAAGGCAUGGCUCCUGGUUGGAACAUGAAACAGAGGGAUUUGGGCACCUACAUGCCAUGUGCAUGCUGGGGUGCAUGCUGAGCUACCCUUUACUCUUCUUUCACAAGGUCACAUUCAAGCUUGGCUUUAGCAGGACGGUGUCCCUUGUUCUUCAUCCACUCUGCACUCGUUCUGUGGGUGUCUGAUGAAUGAUUACUUCUCUGACGUGGUGGGAUCGUGCCUCGCUCCCAGCAGCCGUCAGAGCCCUGGGAGCAGCUUUGUGUGCAGCUGGCUAAUGGUGCAUGUCUUACAACAUCAUGUGCUAUCGCUCCAGUUGGAGCUGCAGGGUUCAGAUGCCACUGAGACGUGAUAGAAGAAAGGUGGCAAGUGGAACAUGGCUUUGCAGUUAGACACAAGAACAACCUAGGUAGAGAUGACACAACACGCCAAAAUUAUUUCAGUGGUAAGGCCGUGCUGUCACGUUGGGGGGUAUCAGGCCUCUUCACUCUUCAGGCCUCUUCAGGCACUUUUGGGUUUUGUAUAUUUCCAAGUUUUUAAUUAAAAUCCUGUAUUCUGCAUCUUCCUAUUCCUUAUAUGGGCUGGAUGUGCAGGGUGAGGUAAUUAAAGGUUUCAAAGUCAAUUACAAGCUGUCAUAUCCUAAUUUUUAAGUACUUGACUUUGCACCCUAAAUGAGAUCUCCCUUUCCAAUUAAAAAUCCCAUAUAUAUAGUUAGUGCAAAUUACCACAGGCUGAAUUUAGAAUAGGUUUGUGGUUUUUUUAGUCAUUGUGGAGAAAACUCAAUGCUCCGCUCUGGACGAAAAAUAGAGAUAUUACAAAAGCAGUCACAGAGCCUUGGUCUAAAUACAAGCAGUUUAAGUCCCAUGUAAAUGCAGCCUUUCUUCUGUCAGCGUUACAUCCGCAGUGUUUUCACGGAAAAGGGGUAUGUAAAAUCUUGAGAGAAGAAAACAGCCUUUAAUAUUUGAUGAUUUGUAAUUGCUGAAAUAUGGACACGUUCUCUGCUUCCACUACCAGUGAGGUAUUGUUCAUCUAGCUGGCUCUAACACCAGGGUUUUUUUCCACACACUUUCAGUGUUUUCUCUCUCUUACCCUCAUUCCACGUUUCUUCAUCUCCUCACGUUGCUCCACCUUUCCCUCCCCUUCCCUCUGCAUCCCCCCCAGCUUUGUGGAUCGUAAACAAUGAACACAAUGUCAGAAAUUCUCAGCGAAAGUUACAUCUGGGUUGCAUUUGCUCCACAGAUUGCAUGCGAGCCUCUGGCACAGCAGGCUUUCUCUUUACUGAAAGCAGAGGCAAGACCUCAGCCUGCUCAGCCCCUGGGGGACUGCAGGGAGGUUGUGUCAUGCUGGCUAAUCCUGAUGAUGAGAACGAAUUGAAUGGAGAGAGGAAGUGGAUGCCCUUUUCUUUUUCCUGCUUAAUAUUUACCACGUCAAUUAGUUUAAAAAGCCAACAGAGGACUGCAGGCGCUGAAUCUCGUUUUGGUGCACAGGCAUCAUGGUGCAUGAUGGAAAGCAUUUCUGCACCCUGCCGUGCCUCAGGAGUGUUCGCCAUCCAUAGCAUAUUGCUGUCUAUGUACCUUUAAAAAAAAAAAAAAAAUCUCUGCUCUACUUGCAACUGGGCAAUCAAAAGAGGAAUUUUCGUUCUUCAAAGCGCAACAUUCAAAAGGAAAUCUCUUAUCUAGUUGAGAAUUCACUGCGCUUUUGAAAACAAAAGAGAAUGAAACCAGCAACCGUGGGUCUCAAAGCAGCAGCGAUUUUAAUAACGUAAACUUUCUUCUCUAAUGAGUAAUAAGCAGUUCCAUCUUUCAUGGCCUUUUAAAAUUGCUUUUAGUAAGGGACUGGAUUUGUUUUAAUCCUUUUCAGUAUGUAAAGCCCCAGAUAUUUCAAUCCCUUAGGGGCUCGGUAUUUUCUAGCUCCGUUUGCAAAGGCAAAGGAGAACAGCUUUCAGAAAUUGACGGAAUCUGUGACUGAUAUAAUUUAUUUUUUUAAUCCAGAAAGUGACCCAAAAGUGUCAGUUAAGAAGAAGCUCUCUGGCAUCCCACUCUGUGGAUUAGUAGCAAACAGGCAUAUCGUCUAGAUACUUUCAGAAAGCACCGCAAAGGAGCUUCCUUGGGGAGGAAACCCCGCAAGAAAAAAACGGCACUUUCUGGAAGCUUGGGGAGCAAAGCAAUCGAAAUGGCAGAAAAUAAGGACAAUAAUAUUAAAAAUGCAGAUGUGAGACCUAAGAGCAGCCGGAGCAGGAGCGCGGACAGAAAGGAUGGUUACGUCUGGAGCGGAAAGAAACUCUCCUGGUCUAAAAAGACUGAGCACUGUUCUGAUGCCGAGACAGCAAACGCUGCGGGAAGGUCAGGGCCUAAUUUAAGGAGCCAAGAGAGAAAGCAUAGCUGCUCCUCUAUCGAGCUGGAUCUAGAUCGUUCGUGUGGACACAGGUUUUUAGGCCGCUCUCUCAAACAAAAGUUGCAAGAUGCUGUGGGGCAGUGCUUUCCCAUAAAAAAUUGCACCAGUCGGCACGCCUCAGGACUUCAGUCCAAAAGAAAAAUUCAUAUCAGCGAAUUAAUGCUAGAUAAGUGUCCUUUUCCUCCACGCUCGGAGCUUGCUUUUCGCUGGCACUUGAUUAAAAGGCACACAGCCCCUAUAAACCAAAAAGCAGAAGACUGGACGAUUGCUGACUUAUCCCAGAAUGAGGAAAAGGAGGAGGACCUGCGAGACAACGAGAUAGAGUCCGAUCCCCCGUCGGCUCCCUCCCCGGCCUCUGACCUUAGCGAUGGCGUUUCCUCCAGGCGGGACUCGAGGUCUGAGCUGGCGGCAGGGAAGGUGGUAAGGAGCAGUAAAGAUGACAGCGACAUGGACUCCGACGAUGAAGUUAUAACGCUGUGCACGAGCUCUAGAAAAAGAAACAAGCCCAAAUGGGAAACCGACGAUGAGCUGCUGCGGAUGGAAACGCCUCCCAAAUACCAUACGCAGAUCGAUUACGUGCACUGCCUGGUCCCAGACCUCCUUCAGAUCAACAACAACCCCUGCUACUGGGGAGUCAUGGAUAAGUAUGCAGCUGAAGCCCUGCUAGAAGGAAAGCCAGAGGGAACGUUUUUGUUACGAGAUUCUGCCCAGGAAGACUAUUUGUUCUCUGUGAGCUUCAGGCGCUACAGCCGUUCUCUCCACGCGCGGAUAGAGCAGUGGAAUCAUAACUUCAGCUUUGAUGCCCACGAUCCUUGUGUCUUCCACUCUCCUGACAUCACGGGACUCCUAGAGCACUAUAAAGAUCCAAGCUCCUGUAUGUUCUUCGAACCGCUUUUGUCCACUCCGUUGAACAGGACUUUUCCCUUUUCCCUUCAGCAUAUAUGUAGAACAGUUAUUUGCAACUGUACGACUUACGAUGGUAUCGAUGCACUUCCUAUUCCUCCGUCAGUGAAGCUGUAUCUGAAGGAAUAUCAUUACAAAUCGAAAGUUAGAGUACUCAGGAUCGAUGUGCCGGAGCAGCAAAGCUAGAAAAUAUUUUUGUGACAGAACGAAAUUGUCUCUAAACAGAUGAGUUGUGCGUUCAGUCUUUCCUCCCUUUCAGUUUCUUUCUAAUGGCAGUCGGACGUUUUUCUUCCUUUUUCUGCAGAUCAUUGACAACCCAAACUAGCCUCUGCCUAAGGCUUUUUUAUCCGAAUGUACUUUGAGUCUUCCCAGCUCUCUUUUAGAAAUGAUAUCCCUUGUGGGCUUUUGGUACUGUUCCCAGACUAGUUUUAUGGAAUUUCAGGUAGGCUUUCUGGUAUUUCUAUCGAUGGAUAGUCUUUAGAUUGAGAAACAUUACCAAUUGGUUUUGAACUUGCUCUGUCUUUUCUAUUGUGAUUUCCAUCUGUUGCCGACAUGUUUGAAAUAAUGCACUGUUCACUAAAGACUGACUCAUCUGUAUUUUCUGCAUUUCUUUUCAAACAAGUCUCUAGUCUGUGUGUGUAUGGCCGUAUUUAAUGCAGUAAUUUCAUCGAUCUAUUUCUAACAUGACUAUUCCUAGCAAAAUGGAGCUUGAAGGAGGAUGUGAACCUUCUGUAGAUACAUCAGGGGCCUGUACACCGGGGAGGGGGGAAAACAAUUCAAGCUAAGGACAGCACUCAGUACAGGAACAAACGUGUAAACUCCUUUGCUAUAGGAGCUGCUGCUUCUGAAGUGAUAAAGCACAGGGUGGGAGGCGGGGAAGGAAGAUAUUUCCUUAAAGACCUUGCAGAGUUUAUGGGUAUUAAACUAUUUGAUCUCAUAUAGUUGGUCCUGAGGUCGGGACGGAUAGUCAGAUCUGCUGCUGUGUUAUUGGUUUAAUGUGUGGAAAAGAUCUCAUCAAAAAUGGGCAACUGCUCAUAAAAUACAUGCGCAGGCUACAAGCGGGAGCCUGCAGCGCAGUCUUGCUCCUGGGCUGCAGACUAAGGGCUGCAGGAGCACGAGCAAUAUUUCUCUUUGAAUGUUUCCAUUUCACCUCGUGCAGCACCCUGUGAAUCUGUGGGCAUUACAUCCAUCCUGGAAGCUGGCUGCUGAGGAGUUACCAAGGAAGCAACACGGCUCCACUGGGGACCUGCUUUCCUGCCCACGCUGCCCCUGCACAAGCAUACCCUUUCCCCUGAACUGCUGCCACUGUGAUGUAAAUAGAUUUCCAGGGACAUCUGCUUAGAGACCAGCCAGUUUGUUUUCACUGUGUUUUAAACAGGUUUCGAACCAAAGUCUCCAGGGAGAAAAUGCAAACACAUCAAUCUAUCACAUUGCACACGGAUGAAUGCGCUGCAGGACAAGCUCUCAGCUGCUAUAAAUCAGCACGGCUUUAUUGAUGCACUUAGAACAGUUUAUACCAGCUGAGAGUCUCCCUCUUCCAUAUGCAAAUGAUAAUUGUAAGACUGAUGUCAGAAAAAUUACUUUAUUUUUUUCUGGUAAUGUUUUCCCUGUGCUGCUUCCAUCCAACUGAUGCUAAUUCUUGCAUAAGCUGUGUUUUGUCAAUAACAGCUUCAUAUUAGCAAAUCUAUUUCUUCUUUAUCUACCCCUGCCAUUUUCCUUAUACAAAAUGAAUGAAUGGCAGGAGACAAAUUUGCUGGUUUUCAUACUGUGCCUGUCAAUACAAAGCGCUGCUGCAAUAGAUAAUAGUAGUAACUGGCUUGAAAUCUGGCUUGAUUUUAGUCAUUUUAGACUACUUGCAGUCUUUCAGAAACUGCUACUUUGGCUCAGUUUUAGAUGGGAGUUCCCAUUAUUACAUUUCUCACAAUCCACAGAGUGCAGAUUUCAGCCAAGAGUCUCAUCCAUUUUGGAACACAGCAAAGGCCACCAGCUCUUUCAAAGCCAGGUGAGAUUUUGUCCCUCCAGAAUGGAAGGCCACGAGAAAACCUUUCGGGGUGUAGGGCUGCAACUUGCUCUCAUUUCAGUGCCAUUCCUUGAGCAGCCUACGCUGCUUUGGCAGCCGCAUGGUGUUGAUGCAUCACUUACCCCAAAGAUGCCUUGAGCUCCCCAAUUUUAGGAGACCUGUAUAAUACAGCAGCUGGGGAUGCUGUGGUGCUGCAUGAAGGUGCUGCAUGUAAAAGCAGUGCCUUCUCACUACGGGGCAGUGAAUGACACCCAUUUGGACAAAUUGCACGUAGAAAGUCCUGAUGAACAGGGUGUAGAAGCUCGCCCUAGUUUUUUUUUUUCCUUUUGUAACUGUCUGUUUUGCUUAAAUCCAUGUCCUUUCUCUUUGUUUCUUUUCAAUAAGCUUUGUAGAAAUUCACUGAUUUUACAAUGUGCAGAGCGUGGUCACCCUACAGUUUCUUCCUGCUGCUGUUAUUGUCAGCCUCACUGAUGCUGUUUGCUCAGAGAAUCCUUUAUAACGCCUUGCAUUAUCUAUCUGAAGGAUGUUCCAAAGAUAACCAAGUCUUGAAGAUCGGCAUCGAAGCCCUCCGCAUUUCUCAGAAAGCCUCAGAAACAGGGUAAGGACUUCUGCUUUCUCAGCCCGUGUUCUUGUUGGAUAAAGAUGCCGGGUUCUUUGGGAUAACGAUUGAACGCGGACCAAGGGAAGGCGUGGGGAAGUACAAGUGCUUGGGGUGCCAGCAGGCGUGCAGCUGAUGGAGACGUGCCCCGGUAGCAGCCCCCCAUGCUUGGGGGCACCCAGCCAGCUCAACCUCAAGCGGUUCCUGUUGCUUCGAGGGCUCACCCGCGUUGUUCUGUGGUUCUGUAGGAGCGCGGCGUCUUACGUCAGUGUCACCACUUCUGAUAAGAAAGAGGGAUCCGGUUCUGAUCAAUGAUUUUGAUAAGGGGGGCCGGGUUCUUGCUGCCGCACGCUGAGCGAACGGCAUUUACGAGCUAUUUUGACAGGGUGGUUCACAAACGUGAAAUGCUGCAUUCAUUCUGUGCCCGGGGUCGCUGAUGGAUGCGGGGCAGUUUGUCUGUGCGGCCAUUUGGAGCACGUCCAGGGUUUGGAGCACGUGUUUCUUCCGGAUUUCCUAUUCUCAGCACUUGUCACGCUUAAAUCUGAGGCACGUUUGGACCAGGGUAUGUGUAUCUUUAGUAGAUAUUUAAGAAAAGAAACCCAGCGAUCGUCAAUUAAAUGCUUUUCUUUAA